GAAAAUAGCCUGCCAAUGCUAACUGUUAAUCUUGUUUAUGAUAAUGUCGGACUCUAAUAAGCAGCUUAACAAUUUGCUUAUCAAAGUCAAAGCUAACGCCAAAUUACAAUCGUUUCUCCCUCCCCUUUCCUCUCCUUCUUCAAUUGCAGAGUACACAAAAAACCCAAAUCGCCAUGGGAGAUCCUCGACAGUCUUUCGUCAAUCAUGCUCUCGGUGGUGGCACAGUUGCUGACGUGUUGUUGUGGAGGAGACAAUGCGCUAGUGUUACUCUGCUUGUUAGUUCUACUGUCCUUUGGUUUCUAUUUGAGCGAGCUGGCUACAAUCUCUUAUCCUUUAUUGCCAAUGUGAUGUUGCUUUUAGUUGUGAUUCUCUUCUUUUGGGGUAAAUCUGCUUCACUUCUCAACAGAUCUUUACCUCCAAUUCCCGAUAUGGAAGUUCCCGAGGAAUUUGUCGUGAAGGCUGCUGAUAUGAUGCGUGUUUGGGUAAACCAUAUACUGCUGACUGCACAUGAUAUUGCUAUUAGUGGGAAUUUGAAACUUUUUGGUUGGGUUGCUCUUGGCUUGUGGUUGAUAUCUUAUGUUGGUAGCUUUUUCACUCUCCUUACUUUGCUCUAUAUAGGGACCCUUUUUAGCUUGUCUGUGCCUCUGCUAUACGAGAAGUACCAAAAUCAAAUAGAUGACAAGCUUAUUACAGCACAGAAAGUCAUUCAGAAACAGUACAGAAAAAUUGACGAGAAUGUAUUGAGAAAGAUUUUGAAGUCCUCGAACAAGGAAAAGAAGACUCAGUAAACUGUAAUCUCUCUGUGUGUGUGUGUGUGUGUGAGAGAGAGAGAGAGAGAGAGAGAGAGAGAGAGAGAGAGAGAGAUGCAGAUACAUGCGAUCAUCCAUUCCUAUGUGUGGUAUGCAUAACUUCCGGAAUGUCUAAAUUUUGUUAUCUCGAAGAAUCUCAAAGUACUACCCUCAAAACCAAAGUACUCUCUGCUGCCAUAUGCUUCUGAACAUGCUAAUAAUGAGAGGAUGCUAAUGGAGGCUCAUUCGAUGUUUCCUUGAUUUCUCUCAACUCUGUACAAUAUCAACAUGUUGAGUACCUUAUAUAGAUUAUUAGGUGGUAUAACCAAUUAAAAAAACAUUAUUAGGUGGUAUUAUCUAUUGGUCUUAGAAGCCCGUUUGUUCCAACUCGUAUUCAGCCGUAGAAUGCAUCUGCUCUUAUAUAUUCACAAAUAUAUCUCUUUGACAAUCUUAUCUUAGAAGUAGUGUCUACUUGACAUUGUCUGCUAGUUUGGAUUUGAAGACUUACACUCGAGUGAAAGUAAUCUAGUGGGCUAACUUAAAUGCUUGAUAAUAGUAUCUUAGGACACAAGUCUGAAGAUAUUUUAUAGGAACUGUAGCUUCACAGAAGUAGUCUUGAUUACAACAACAACAAACUCAGUGUAAUCCCAUAAGUGGGGUCUGGGGAGGGUAGUGUGUACGCAAACCUUACCCUAGAGAGGCUGUUUCCAAUCUCGACACAGAAGUAGUCUUGAUUCAGGAAAGAAAAUCCACAGUCAGUAGCUGAUACAAAAUUGAAUUGUCAUGACAGCUUGAAUGAGCUGACUGCUGAGAAUCUUUUCUUUAGAAGAUUCUGGAGGAAUAAGUCUGUUGCUUCUAUGGGCUUAUAUAAACAAUGGAAAGUUGAUUCAUCAUCAUAUUCUUGCAGGAAUAAAUCGAAUUCAAAUGCCUUCAUAACCGGCUGUUUCAUUUUUCUGUUUCCUUUUAACCUCUUUUGAUUCAACAGUUUAAAUAUAUUUUGUUAGUAGCAUAUCAAGUCUUUUAUAGUAUAUUUUAGCUUUGUUGCAGCUUUACAUAUGUUUAUUUCACCUUCUGUUGAAUGUUAUCAAGUGAUGCAUGCCAACUAGCUGCUAAUUGUUUACUCUUUCUAACCGUCAAUGUCUUCUUUUAACAGGACGGAUUUUGCCUUCACGAGCAAUCCAGACAUAAAUCAGGAAAUUGUAGAGGUAUGGUUUUGGCCCUAAUUAGAUUGUUCUAUGAAGUCCAUACUGAAAUUCAAAAUAUUGUUUUUCCUUUCUUUCUUUUAUCAUUUUCCAUUAUCUUUGAUACUGAUUACAGAAUAAAAUGUUAGUCUUGCUACUCUUCUCUGUAGUUGAGAUUACUGCAAUUGGAACGACGUUCUAAUAGAAAGGGUUGUGCAAUAACUUUGACAAGCUACCCCGUGAUUUUCUUUGACAUGACACCUACAACUUUCAGGGAUGGUUUAAAUCUUCUAGUGCCUAUAGUUAAAUUUCGUUCUUAUUGAGAUCUGACAUUCAAUGUAUAAACAGUGGCGGAGCCACUCAUUGGCAAGGGGAGUCAACUGACAACCCUUCAUCGAAAAAUUAGAUUGUGUAAAUACGUUAAAUUUUUAAUUUUAUGUGUAUAUACUAUACGUUGAUUCCCCUUGA